UUCAAACACGUAAACAACAAACUGGUAGUGGAAAUCGAAAUGAAAAAAUUCGAACAUAUAAUAUACCACAAAAUCGUAUAACAGAUGAACGUCUUAAUGAAAAUGUUCACAAUGUUAAUGAAUUUCUCGAUGGAACUUAUUGUUUACAUACAAUGAUUGAACAACUUAAACAACAAGAUAGAUUACAACGUUUAAUUGAACUAACUAAUAAAUCUUCAAAUUAA